GAGUCCGUCUUGUCAAUUGAGAACGCCACCUCUGCCGACGCUGGCACCUACGUCUGCUCGGCCUGGAACAGCGCCGGCGAGGACAAGGGCACACUGACUGUCCGCUUGAUCUCACGACCCACCAUUGCCCAGUUGAUCCUCAGCAAAGAGUUGACCCGCGAGUCCGAGAUGCAGACCAUCAUCUGCCAGGCCACCGGACAGCCGCAGCCCGCCAUCACUUGGGAGUUCAACGGAAGCCCAGUGGCCGCCAGUACUAACAUCCUCAUAAACGAGACUACCGGAGAGCUGAAAAUCCUCCGAAUGGAACGGCAGAUGCGUGGAAAGUGGACCUGUGUGGCGGAGAACCAGGCGGGAGCCACACGUCAGUCAGUCAACGUGGAGGUCGGCUGUAAACUGUGGAAAUCACUUGGUUGCCAGGCUAAGUUUGUCCAUCUAACUGAUCUACUUCUCUCUCCCAACCCCACUUCAUCCAUGCUCCGACUUCCCAUGAUCUCAGACGCGCCCACCGUGACCGGAGACAAAAUCACCGUACAGGUGACAACCGACUUCCUCUCGAUGAUGCAACUAACCUGCCCAAUCACUGGACAACCUCCGCCACAGGUGAAGUGGUACAGGGUACGAGGGGGCGAGAAGUUGCCUAUAGCCUACGGGGAACGCUACCAGCUGCAAGAGAACACCCUGGUGAUUCAAAUCACCAGGGUUCACAUAGGCGCAGCCUACCAGCCCUUGAGAUCCCCAAACUCCCAAGAUAUUGAAUGUCAAGGCGUCCUCUUAACAACGACGGCCUAUGCUAUGACUUACCUCAAUCCAGCUCCAAAUCGGGAGGUGUAG